AUGUACAUCGAGUUUAGCAGCAGGUUCGAAUAUGGCGAGUUCAAUCGCGGACAGAUUCAGACGCUAAGAGCUGAAAAGCUCUCCGGGCACAUAUAUUUACUCGCAGACACUGUCUGUGAGAUAGACAAUUUCGCGCCACCAGAGCACUGUAGCACCAAAAUUCAUAACUUGGGAACAAAAGAAGAGCCGGUACAUAUUCAGUUCUUCAACGACAAUUAUCUGACUCUCAAGAUAAGUCGCGAGACGGUAUUUCGACAUUGCGAGGAGAAGGUCCCUUGGAUUGUACCUUCUUUUUUUACGUACUACGGCAUUUAUGAGAAAUACAUGGUUGAUGAGAAAAAGCGGGAAGAGGAACAAUGGGAGACUGAGGAAGAAAUCCUUAUCGAAUGA